GCUGCCCGGAACGGGCACGAGGCCGUCGUGAGGCUGCUGCUCGACCGCGGCACCGAGCUCGAGACUAAGGAUACGAGUGGCCUAACGCCGCUAUCGUGGGCUGCCCAGAACGGGCAUGAGGCCGUUGCAAGGCUGCUGCUCGACCGUGGCGCCGAGCUCAAGACUAAUGAUCCCUUCUCUGGCUUGACGCCGCUGUCAUGGGCUGCUGAGGGCGGGCAUGAGGCCGUCGUGAGGCUGCUGCUAGACCGUGGCGCCGAGCUCAAGACUAAUGAUCCCUUCUCUGGCUCGACGCCGCUGUCAUGGGCUGCUUGGAACGGGCACGAGGCCGUCGUGAGGCUGCUG